UCUGUGUGACGUCCACGGCAGCCAGUGAACAGGGGAAGUUCUCUCUGCCCCGCCCCUCCCCUGGCUGGGGGAGCCAAUCCUGUUUCAAGGGAGGCAGGACGCGCCAAGUCCCGAAAGAGGAGCAGGGGGAAAAGUGCGGUUGGCAGUCCAGUAAUCUAAGACUCGGCCGAGGGGGGGAUUCCGAAGGCCGUGACAGCGUCAGUAGUCGCGCCACGGCCCAAAGGGCCGAGCGUGACCGGAGGGACGCACUGGGGACUGUUUAUAGCCCUGUCAGGACCGCGCAGAGAGGGGAGACGGAGGCCUGAGGUGAGUGGCCUCAGGCCUGCCGCGGCUGCGAACCUGCAGAGCCCUGUUUCCAAAAACACAUCCCCUGAUGUGUGUAUGACUUACAGCCCCACCCUGCUGUUCACAGUUCAGGGUGCACCAAGCUCCUGCUUCAGCUUCGAAGAAAAUCUGCAUACAAGUAGAUGGGUGCAGCUCAACCCCGUGUUGCUCAAGUGUCAGCUGUGUAUCUGGGCUCCACCUGCACCACACACACGAUGAGGGCACAGUGACUGACAGAAACAGGAACCCGCAGAACCAGAAGGGAAACCAAGUAGAAGGUCUGGGAGUCUGUUUUCAUCCCCCACAGUGUGGGCUGCUUGGAUGAUGGCAUGCUAAGAAGCACCCCUGGAGCCUGGGCCCUCAUGGCAUCCCAGGACAAAGAUGAGGAGUCCUCACCUUGCUGGGUCUCCCAGACAGGGCACUGGGAUGCCAUCCUUGAGGCCGUCAGGGAGCAGCUCCCGUCUCUGGACUCGGAUUCCUCCUUGUCAGACUGCGGGGCAGAGGAGCUGUUCAUCUUCCAGCGAGAUCAAACUGCCCUGAUCCCAGACUUGUCAGAGGAGCUGGCUGAAGACCCUGCCAGGGCCUGGCUUGCUACAGUCGAUGGGUCUCCUGAGCCCGGUGUGGUGCCUGUGGAACUCACUGCAGAAGCCUGGAAGGAGUGGGCCGCAAAGACGAAGGGGGCUGCCUCUGUGCGAGGCGGGGAUCCCGGUGGGCCUGUAGAGAGCUGUGGUGAGGCCAGUUCCCUUCUUCGGGUGCCUGAGGACACCCCCACAUGGCAGGAAAGCAACCGUGGGGCUGUGUCCUUCGGCACCCAGGGUCCUCCCCGGGGGCCACAUGGAGAAGCCACCUUCUCCCCCUGGGAGGGUGACCUGAAAACAGAACCCCCGGACACUGGCUCACAAGCCCACUGGGAUGCAGACGCCACAGACCGCAGAGCCCUCCGAAGGGAGAGAAGGAGGAUGAUUGAGAAGGACAUACUCCAUAAGGUUACCUGGGAUGCCCAGGACCCAGCCUGCAGUGAGCAAAGUCCAGUGGAGGAGGCGCCCUGUGCCGCGGCAGCAUCAGGUCUGAGACCCUGGGAAGGGCCUCCAGUGCUCUCCCUCAAGGAACUUGAAGAGUGGGAUUUGGAUCACAUCCUUCAGAGUCUGGCAGGGCAAGAAGGAGACAGGGGAGAUCACGCACCUAGAGCCUCGUGGUGGGCAGCUGACCGCCUGGCCCGAGACCACCCCCUGCCAAACAGCCAGGACAGGCUCAUGGAACAGCUGAUUCUUCUGUGCGCCACACAGUCCAGAGCCCCUUCUGCCUGGAGGGUGCCUGCCGACACACCCGAGGACACCACGCAGCAGGAGGCCAGGAGCAGAUCUGUUCCGAGGCAGCCAGGCUUCCAGGCUGAGCUGGGCCUGACACAGGCCAAGAGCCGGCAGCUAAGGAGCCCAGCAGAGCCUCCCACCAUCUUCAUUGAUCUGCGGCCCUCAGAGCCAUCAGACCCCAGCUCCUGCCUCAGCUCCAGCUCCUCUGACAGCGAGGAGGAGGCAGAGGAGACAGUGGCUCUCGGACACCAGCAGGGCCCAGCCGAGCAGGACAGUCCUUCCUUCCGGCGGCUACGGGACUGCACCGGGAAGAGUCAACUUCUCCAGCAGCUCAGGGCAUUUCGGAAAGGGACGGCUCAGCCCAAUUUGCCUGCCACUGGGGGUCCUAGUGGCCAGAAGGCUCAGGGCCCUGAAGAUCAAGCCAGCUCCACCACUGGGAGGAAGCAACAUGUACCGGCCUGGGCUGAGCAGCACAGCACCCAGGCCAGACGCUCAGGGGAAGGUCCCAGGGCGCUAGGGGACGCUCUUGGGCCAGGGACAGCCAGGUGCCUCCCCUGGGCCAACUGUAGCUGCCUCCAGGACCAGAUCCGAGAAGGAGCUGGGCGGGAUUCCAUUCUCCAACCACAGGCCCAGGCCCCUGGCUCUCCCUUGUUUCCGUGAGAAGGUGCUUCUGCAGCACGACACUUCAGGCUGCAGGGCAGAUCGUUCUACGCACUUAGAGCAAAGACGCCAGAACACAGUUGUACACAGAGCAUGACGACAGCUCCUCUGACAGCGCCUGGGAAGCAGACGCCACGGAGAGCACAGUCCGUGCCGACAGUGGGACUGUCCGGUGUUUUCUCUCCUGAGCCUGCACUCUUCUCUUUAGUGCACAUCUGUUAUUGCCAUCACGCAAGCUCUUUCUAAAACUAAAACUUAAGUAAAACAGAGUUAGACAA